CGAAGCGCUGAGGGACCAGAGGCGAGGUUUAGGGUGAGGGGAACACAUUCAGGAAGCUGUGUCCGCUGAUAAGACCGGAGGGAAGACAUACGUAAAGACAAAUACACACAAUUUCAACUUAUUUUUGUUUUGUUUUGUUGAAAAUAAGACGGAUAAAUUGUAAGGGUUUCUUUUGGUGUUCCCUUUAGAGCGUAUGGUCUCUGGGUAGAGUGAUCGUCGCUCCUGGAUAUGGCAGGUCUCUAUGGACUGAAGAUCCUGCUGCUAUGGGCUGGGCUCAUAUGUAAGUACAGUAUGAUACCCAGGGGAUGGGGUUCAUGGGAGGGGUGUUAUCCCUUUAAUGGGGACAGGGCUGUGGGGCCUAAAUUCACCAAUAAAGAAUAUGGUGAUUGUUUUAGAAAAUGUAUACUGAUGCGGUCACUCAAAGGGUGCAAGAGUGCACAUAACAAUGUUGAUAAAUCAAAUUUACUUGAGGCAUUUUUCUACAGGCAUUUGUAAUGUUGACAGUGGAUCAAUCAUUUUUGAGAGAGUGAUAAAGGGCUGUGGUUGAAGCAGGAUAUGGUAUACUUUUUUCAGACCAUUCGAAAUGCAAUAUCUUUGUUAGGGUUUACUGUUAACACUGAAUUGGAAUAGAGUAACUCUGAGAUUGUCCUUCUAAACUGUCUGGGUGGGCGUUACCUGGAGGACUAACUUUUAAAGAGGAGUAAGGUGAGUUGGUCCCCUCAUGUUCCCCUCAGAGAAAGGACACGCCUGAUUAGUGAUUAGUCAAGUUUUUACUCUUAACUUGGUCCACUGAAAUGCUUUCACUGAUUGGAUAUCUAUCUAGAUCAGGGACUUAACAUCUAAGUAAUAAUCUGAAGCUAAUACCUGCCUUUCACUGUGCGAACAAUGCUACAUCCAAAACCUCUUGCUCCGUGUGAAAAAGUGCAGCGUUGUUUGUGUACAUUUAGCAUGGAUCUCCAAUACAUGUGAAAGUUCUGAAUGUAGAAUGUACUUCUACCAACUGCAGUAAGACACAUAGAGUUUAGAUGUGGGGUUCUUUUCAGACAGAUCACAGCUCAACCACUUCCGUGUUCCAUUUUGAGCGGCCUGUCUGCACUUCCUGGUAUAGCUAUAGCUGAGAUCAGGGCCGGUUCUUCCGUUCUGCCACCCUAGACUUGACCAAAAAAGGCACCGGCAAAACUAGAAUAGUCCCAGUAAGCAAAACUAAGUUGAAAAGAGGUCUAAAAUACGUAUUUCCCAGACGUUGAAGUUACGUUCAAUUUAGGUUCUCAAUGAAAGGUGAAAAUAUGUGUUUUCUGUACGUUUAAAAUACAUAUUUUCCAGGAUGUUGAAAUCAGGCUCUGAAUUAAAGUUGAAAAUACUUAUUUUCCGGAUGUUGAAAAUAUGUAUUUCCCGGAUGUUGAAAUAAUAUGGCUCAUCUUUGACCGGACCAAAAACCAUUGUCCGAGGAUGUGGAACUCAGGCCGGUCCGAACUGCACCAAAAAUAGACGUCCAAAAGGCGUCGGCCUCCCGAGUGGCGCAGUGGUCUAAGGCACCGCAUCGCGAUGUGACAAGACUGUAACUACCAAUUGGGGACAAAAUUUAAAAACAAAAUAACAAAAAGGCGUCGGCCCGUGCUUACUGAGGUGUAGCCUACAGUGUUACCUGAAAUAGAAUUUUAUGAAUGCCCAUCUAUGUGGUAAGCGUACUGUUGGUAAAACACCAAAAAAAAGUCAAAAAGACAUCGGCUCGUGCUUACUGGGGUGUAGCCUACCAUGUCGGCCAUGAUGGAAUUUUAUGACUGCCCAUCCAUGUGGUAGGCCCACCAUUUUGUUAAUCAGGCCGUCGCAUUGGCUUCAUUAAUCCUGAUUCCUGUGACUAAUCAAUUUGGCUAUUUAAGCUAUGAAUAUCAGCUACCCAACUUUAUCUGGAGUUAUCGUGAGCCUAUUUGCAAUGUGUUUACACAGUAUUUUCUUUUUCGCUAUGAUCAGCUUGUCAAAAAUGUACGGAUACAAACUUGAAACCACUGAUCAUGACAAUGGGGUGUAACUCCUGGACAACAGUUGUGAUUGUCCAUUCCAUAUUGCCCAUUUUUUUUAAUGAUAUGUUGUUUGUUAACAUGACAGCACAUUUUUUAUUUGAUUGGGCACCAUUUAGGUUAGGCUAUUUGAUCGGUGAAACUUGCAUGAUGUAAAAAGUGUCUGUCUCAUUACAUUGUCAUACAUUUUAUCUCCAGCCUGUAGGCUACAGAAAAGGCCACAUACUAUUUCUACCGUAUACUAUGUCUGCUACAUGAUAAAUGUUAGGCAAUUUUUUUGACGGAACGUUGGUGGAGCGCCGCAGCGAUGCAUCUCUCCAACAGCAACCUGGAGAGGCGCGCUGGGAGUGGACAAGCAAAAUAUUUUGCGCCCCUGCCACUGACAAAGUGGAUACUGCUUAUCACAGGGCGGCAUCAACGCUCACCUAAAAAGCCCUUAUGCCACUGGUCAAUCUGCCACCAUAAGCGGAGGCCUAACCCUGCCUAAUGAGCGGGCCGGCCCUGGCUGAGAUGGAAUUUAAGAAAAUUACUUGAGAAAAGCAGAAGCCUUUGAAAUGAAGAAGUGGUGUUGAAAUGUUCACAGAGCUGUAUGAUUAAAACAACGUUUCAGGGAGGAGAGGAGGAUGUGGUGAUGAGGGGGGUGAGGCUUAGCAGAAGGACAUCUUAUCUGUAAAUGUAAAUUUUAGAGAGAGAGACAAAGAGAGAGCAAGUCUGUGCAGACCUUUUGGGGGGGCAUGUGCUCAAACUAAAAAAAGAAACAUUACGGCAACCAUGGUAACAGACUCAUUUAGCAAUUAUUAGAAGAAGAGGGGAAAGCAGCACCAUCUGAGGAGUAAAGCAUUUUGCAAAACUAUUUUGAACUGGAGUAAAUGCUGCACUUAUUAACAAUGACCAAUACAAUUAGUCAAAAUAGAAAAUUAAGUAAUACCGUAGCCUACCAUUACUAUAUCCAACCCUACUCUAUUUGUUGCCAUUAUCAUGUAUCCCAGUGGUUGGCUAACUUUUUUGACCCGCAACCCCAAAAAAGGAGUGGUACAAAACUUGUGAGUCACUAGGCACCCAAACUAGGCUUAUCUGAAAUAUGAAAAUGAUCAAUCAAAUCGCCAGGUAGCCUAUUGUUCCAUAGUAGAUUGCCUGCUUGCAAAACUGGAGGAAAUUAAAGAAGUUAUUUACAGUUACUGAUCUGGAUAUGGGCACUCACCUUUGCGCGCCAAUACUGAUGACUAGUCAAUGGUCAACAAUCAAGACGUGAAACUUUUUGGUUCUGAAGCAUUCAGUGCAGUCGGAAAGUAUUCAGACCCCUUGACGUUUUCCACAUUUUGUUACGUUACAGCCUUAUUCUAAAAUUGAUUCACUUUUUUUUCCCCCUCAUCAAUCUACACACAAUACCCCAUAAUGACAAAGCAAAAACUGGUUUUUAGAAAUGUUUGCAAAUGCAUUCAAAAUAAAAAACUGAAAAUAUGACAUUUACAUAAGUAUUCAGACCCUUCACUCAGUACUUUGUUGAAGCACCUUUGACAGCAAUUACAGCCUCGAGUCUUCUUGGGUAUGACACUACAAGCUUGGCACACCUGUAUUUGGGGAGUUUCUCCCAUUCUUCUCUGCAGAUCCUCUCAAGCUCUGUCAGGUUUGAUGGGGAGUGUCGCUGCACAGCUAUUUUCAGGUCUCUCCGGAGAUUGAUCGGGUUCAAGUCCGGGUUCUGGCUGGGCCACUCAAGGACAUUGAGAAACUUCUCCCGAAGCCACUCCUGCGUUGUCUUGGCAGUGUGCUUAGAGUUGUUGUCCUGUUGGAAGGUGAACCUUCGCCCCAGUCUAAGGUCCCGAGCGCUCUGGAGCAGGUUUUCAUCAAGGAUACUUUGUACUUUGCUCCAUUCAUCUUUCCCUCGAUCCUGACUAGGGGGGUAGGCCGUCAUUAUAACUAAGAAUUUGUUCUUAACUGACUUGCCUAGUUAAAUAAAGGUUAAAUACAAUUAAAAUACCAUUUUAAUUUUUAAAAGUCUACCAGUCCCUGUCGCUGAAAAACAUCCCCACAGCAUGAUGCUGCCACCACCAUGCUUCACCAUAGAGAUGGUGCCAGGUUUCCUCUAGAUGUGACACUUGGCAUUCAGGCCAAAGAGUUCAAUCUUGGUUUCAUCAGACCAGAGAAUCUUGUUUCUCAUGGUCUGAGUCCUUUAGGUGCAAACUCCAAGUGGGCUGUCAUGUGUAUUUUACUGAGGAGUGGCUUCCGUCUGGCCACUCUACCAUAAAGGCCUGAUUGGUGGAGUGCUGUAGGGAUGGUUGUCCUUCUGGAAGGUUCUCCCAUCUCCACAGAGGAACUCUAGAGCUCUGUCAGAGUGACCAUCGGGUUCUUGCUCACCUCCCUGACCAAGGCCCUUCUCCCCCGAUUGCUCAGUUUGGCCCGGCGGCCAGCUCUAGGUAGAGUCUUGGUGGUUCCAAACUUCUUGCAUUUAAGAAUGAUGGAGGCCACUGUAUUCUUGGGGACCUUCAAUGCUGCAGACAUUUUUUGGUACCCUUCCCCAGAUCUGUCCCUCGACACAAUCCUCUCUCAGAGCUCUACGGACAAUUCCUUCGACCUCAUGGCUUGGUUUUUGCUCUGAAGUGCUGUCAACUGUGGGACCUUAUAUAGACAGGUGUGUGCCUUUCCAAAUCAUGUCCAUUCAAUUGAAUUUACCACAGGAGGACUCCAAUCAAGUUGUAGAAACAUCUCAAGCAUGAUCAAUGGAAACAGGAUGCACCUGAGCUAAAUUUCGAGUCUCAUAGCAAAGGGUCUGAAUAUUUAUUUUGUAUAAUUUUGCAAACAUUUCUAAAAACCUGUAUUCGCUUUGUCAUUCUGGGGUAUUGGGUGUAGAUUGAUGAGAUUUUCUUUUUUUAAAUCCGUUUUAGAAUAAGGCUGUAAUCGCUGCCAAAGGUGCUUCAACAAAGUACUGAGUAAAUGGUCUGAAUACUUAUGUAAAUGUGAGUUUUUUUUAUUUUUAAUACAUUUGAAGAAAUUUCUAAAAACCUGUUUUUGCGUUGUCAUUAUGGGGUAUUGUGUGUAGAUUGAUGAGGGGAAAAAAGCAAUUUAAUAAAUGUUAGAAUAAGGCUGUAACGUAACGAAAUGUAUUCACACACAAUACCCCAAUAAUGUGGAAUGUGAAUGUCUUCAGUCAAUAAGUAUUCCACCCCUUUGUUAUGGCAAGCCUAAAUAAGUUCAGGAGUAAAUAUUUGCUUAAUAAGUUGCAUGGAAUCACUCUGUGCAAUAAUAGUGUUUAACAUAAUCAUACUCAGUGAUGUGUUGUGUUGGAUUUGCCACAAACAUAAUACUUUGUGAUCAGGACAUAAGGUUAAUUUCUUUGUCAAAUUUUUGGCAGUUUUACUUUAGUGCCUUUUUGCAAACAGGAUGCAUGUUUUGGAAUAUUUGUAUUCUGUACAGGCUUCCUUCUUUUCACUCUGUCAUUUAGGUUAGUAUUGUGGAGUAACUACAAUGUUGUUGAUCCAUCUUCAGAUUUCUCCUAUCGCAUCCAUUAAACUCUGUAACUGUUUCAGAGUCACCAUUGGUGAAAUCCCUGAGCGGUUUCCUUCCUCUCUGGCAACUGAGUUAGGAAGGAUGCAUGUACAGUAUAUCUGUAGUGACUGGGUGUAUUGAUACACCAUCCAAAGUGUAAUUAAUAACUUCACCAUGCUCAAAGGGAUAUUCAAUGUCUGCUUUUUAAAAAUCCAUCUACCAAUAGGUGCCCUUCUUUGCGAGCCAUUGGAAAACCUCCCUGUUUUUUUGUGGUUGAAUCUGUGUUUGAAAUUCACUGCUCAACUGAGGGACCUUACAGAUAAUUGUAUGUGUGGGGUACAGAGAUGAGGUAGUCAUAACAAAAUCAUGUUAAACGCUAUGAUUGUAAACAUAGUGGGUCCAUGCAACUUUUUAUGUGACUUAUUAAGCACAUUUUUACUCCUGAAUUUAUUUAGGCUUGCCAUAACAAAGCGGUUGAAUACUUAUUGAGUAAAGACAUUUUAAACUUUUCAUUUGUUAUUAAUUCCACUUUUACAUUAUGGGGUAUUGUGUGUAGGCCAGGUGACACAAAAUCAAUUUUAAAUUCAGGCUGUAACACAACAUAAUUUGGAACAAAUCAAAGGGUGUGAAAACUUUCUGAAGGCCCUGUUAUUAGAUGUAUAUAUACAGGGGUGUGAAUAAUUUCAGAAGAAAGUUUUCACACCCCUUGGACUUUUUCCACAUUUUGUUGUGUUUUCACACCUCGCCUCUGCCAUUUUACCAUUGAUGAGAACGAGCCACCAUGCAAAGUACAUAGCAACCAGGUCUCCAUUAAAUAAACGAAUCAAAUAUUAUUUGUCACAUACACGUGUUAGCAGAUGUUAUUGCGGGUAUAGCGAAAUGCUUGUGCUUCUAGCUCCGACGGUACAGUAAUAUCUAACAAGUAAUAUCUAACAAUUUCACAACAUAUACCCAAUACACACAAAUCAAUUUCACAACAUAUACCCAAUACACACAAAUCAAUUUCACAACAUAUACCCAAUACACACAAAUCAAUUUCACAACAUAUACCCAAUACACACAAAUCAAUUUCACAACAUAUACCCAAUACACACAAAUCAAUUUCACAACAUAUACCUAAUACACACAAAUCAAUUUCACAACAUAUACCCAAUACACACAAAUCUAAGUAAGGAAUGGAAUUUAAGAAUAUAUACAUAUAUGGACAAGCAAUGACAGAGCGGCAUGGACUAAGAUACAGUAGAAUAUUAUAGAAUACAGAACAUACAUAUGAGAUGAGUAGUGCAAGAUAUGUAAACAUUAUUAAAGUGACUAGUGUUCCAUUUCUUAAACUGGCCAUUGAUUUCAAUAGGCAGCAGCAGCCUCUAAUGUGCUAGUGAUGGCUAUUUAACAGUGAUGGCCUUGAGAUAGAAGCUGUUUUUCAUUCUUUCAACACAUAGCUUCCUCUUGAUGGUAGAUCUGUUCUUACGUUGCACGUCUCAAACGCAACUUCAAACAACCUACACUGGAUGUGUGAAGACAUUUCACUUCUGCAAUCAGACUUUGAUAACAGACUCACUGGUGGCAAGGAACCAUUGGUUGUCAGUUCACCCACUACCUCAGUUACAUACUCACAAACUGAGAGUAACACCUUUCAAUACUAAGGAGGUGUAGUAGUGUGAAAAAGUAAAAAAAAGAAUCCCCAGCCAGUCACAAUAGCAGCAUCUACCCAGGUUUUCAUUGGGCGUGCGGACCGGUAAAAUGUCAGUGCAGGGUGCACACAUCUCCCUCCAAAAACACUAAAACACAGAAACCAGGGUUGAGAAAAAACCACUUCCUGAAGUCUAAUUAUUGUUCAAGCAGCCUCUGUCACAUUCUCAUUUCUGUUGUAGGUCUCUGUUAAAAUGGAAGGGAAACACAAUGUAAUAGCAGUUUAUUUUGGGUUGAAUACUUCUACAGCUCGAAGUGCUUUCGAAAUGCUUUCUUUCUCUGUAAUUUUGUAUGAGGCCUAUGUAGGAAAAUACUUGCAGGUCAAGUCAAACCAAAGCAAGUGUAUAAUGAAACAUUUUGACAACCUAAAUGUGUUGAAAUGAGGAAGUAAACAUUUUAAGUCACUGCUUUUUUGCGUUUUGUCUUAGAAGCUCAGGGUUUGGGUUACAGGAAAUACAGCAAAAGGUUAACAGCUCAAAUCAUCUCAAAGUAGACUAGACCUUAAAGGUGUAAUUGGGUCUGGCACAUUCCACACCUGUCUCAUGUGACAUUAAAAAAAUAUAUAAAUAUAUAUUUAAAAUGGUCAAGAGCCUUGAUGCGUUCACACCUGUGUGCAUUAUAGUCACAUAUCGUACUGUUUAUCUGCAGUUGUGACAAAACUGAAGCUGAACGAUUGCUGUUGUUAGAACAGAAGCCGAUUGGGCUCUCAUCUCUGGGCUUGAUGCGAAGCAGGAAACUGUGGUCGGCAGCUGAAAUAUAGUGUUUGCUCUGCUCCGAGUUACCAUGGCUACCAGGUUAUGCCACACUCACACUCACAUACAAACCACCACUGCUAACAACGCCCUUUCCUGCCCGGCUAGCUACGAGCAGUAAGGAAGUCAAUGUGUACACCACAGGAGGCUGGUGGCACCUUAACUGGGGAGGAUGAGUUCAUAGUAAUGGCUGGAACGGAAUUAAUGGAAUGGUAUCGAACUCAUCAAACACAGAGCUUCCAUGUGUUUGAUACCAUUCCAUUGACUCCGUUCCAGCCAUUGUUAUGAGCCGUCCUCCCCUCAGCAGCCAACUGUGGUAUACAGGGUAAAGACUUGGAGGAAGUUACGUGCUUGAUGAAUCUGACCAAAUACAAUGUUGGUCGACGUUUAUAGCAGUUCAUUUCAGAUAAAUAAUUACUCCGAUUGAUGUAUUGCUAGACAGUAACAUUGGCCACAAGUCCUUGAUGAUGACUUAAAUGUGUGAAUGUAAAAGUGACAAAACGAUAAUUCUCUCCUCAUUUUUUUUUUUAGGCCGGCAGGAUCGAAGUUUGGCAGGUCAGUUGGUCUUAAAGUUAUUCUCUAAUUAAUGUCUUUAACCCCCAGAAUCAGUCAUUAUUUGUCCACAUCUGAAGGUGACCAUUGCAUUAUUCCGGGUGUUGUUCACAUUAAUGCUCAGUGGCAGCAACAAGGUGUCCAGCUCAAUAGAUAUCCUAUGGUUCUACAUUUAGCUCUAGGGGGUAAACUCCUCAUCUCAGCCUCUCACUCUCACUCUCACUCUCUCACUAAAGGCGUCACAGCAACAACAACAUCAUCAUCAUCAACAGUAGCCAUCACCACCAAACCCCCAAGCACUCUCACCACAAUCUUAAACUCUCAGACAGCAUCCAACUCAACCCAUUCUUCACUGGUAGCUGACCAAGGUAAAUACUAUACUGGAGUAUCCAGGUGUAGGCUACCUCCGUUUAUAUCAGUGAGAUGUUUGAUUUCUCUCUCUCACACCGUCUAUGUCACGGAGGAAACGUGGUUUGGUAAGUGCAGUAUAAUAGCAAGUGCAUCUUAGUUUUGAGCCUCAAUCAGUCAACCAACCAACCAACCAACCAACCAACCAACCAACCAACCAACCAACCAUCCACUCACCUCUCUCCUGCCUCCACUCUCCUCAGAAAACACUUCCACAGACAAAAGCAGCUCGCCCUUUUCUACACCCAAACAACCCACCAAGAAUGCAAACGACUCCACAGGUAAACCUGCAAAGCAUAAUCUCGCAUAGAGACAUGCUGGGUCUAUUGAGCACUAUCAGGAGCUGAUUUCAUCAUGUGUAAAUGUUGUAUUUCUUGUCUAACUGAGAUUAUAUGGAUACACAGAGAGUGUAUCAGGCCCCUUAACUCCAAACACCACCGCCACGACGACCACUACCACCCUCUCACCUCCACUCACUUCGCUUACCCCCACCUCAAACAACCUUACUCAGGCAUCAGGCCAAGCAACCCUCUCCAACGGUAACGUAUACCUCCUGUAUUAACGUCUGUUGGUGCUGUAAAAUCUAUUGUCUUUGUCUCACAUCAAAAAGUGUGUCAUUCUCUAUUUUAUAGCAACUGGCGGCUCGAGCACCUCUGACCCUGCAGGCACCCGCAACCUAACCCAGGCCUUGCCCACAAACUCCACCUCUCAAAACCAGGCCUUGCCCACAAACUCCACCUCUCAAACCCAGGCCUUGCCCACAAACUCCACCUCUCAAAACCAGGCCUUGCCUACAAACACUUCAGCCAUCCACAACCAAACCUCACCUGCAAGCACCCCGACUUCCACUACAGUUAUCCCCACAGGUUGGCCUCUCCUCCAUGGGAUGCUGUGUUGUGUCCAUUGAUAGUAGAUCAUGUUUCUCCUACUGUUAUGAUGUUGUAAUGGAAUCUGUUGUGAUGUUGUAAUGGAAUCUGUUGUGAUGUUGUAAUGGAAUCUGUUGUGAUGUUGUAAUGGAAUCUGUUGUGAUGUUGUAAUGGAAUCUGUUGUGAUGUUGUAAUGGAAUCUGUUAUGAUGUUGUAAUGGAAUCUGUUGUGAUGUUGUAAUGGAAUCUGUUGUGAUGUUGUAAUGGAAUCUGUUGUGAUGUUGUAAUGGAAUCUGUUGUGAUGUUGUAAUGGAAUCUGUUGUGAUGUUGUAAUGGAAUCUGUUUUGAUGUUGUAAUGGAAUCUGUUAUGAUGUUGUAAUGGAAUCUGUUGUGAUGUUGUAAUGGAAUCUGUUGUGAUGUAAUGGAAUGUUGUUCUCAAGGAUUCUCACCUGUCUGUUCCAUCUUUCAGUCAGCCAGACUACACCAGCAUCAACAAAGUGUGAGUUCCAAUUCUUUGGUUUGAGAUGAAAUCUAAAAGACUAUGCAUGAUUUAAAGGGACAGUUCACCCGAAUUGAUAAAUAAAUAAAUAAUGAUCAAUAUUUUCAAUUAAUCUUAUAGGUUCGUACAAAGUCGAGCCUGUCAAAUAUGGCUUUCAGAUUGUUUUAAGCAACCUGACCCCCGGCACAUACAACAUAUCGUACCAGGAUGGAUCAGGACAAAACAUGACUGUUGGGCAUCAACCGGUGAACUCCACUAUUGAGGUGAAGCCAUUGAAGCCUUGCAGCACCUACACAGUAACGAAGAUUCAGCCUGAAUGUGAACUCAAAGGAAACAGCACACUGACCACUUGGACAUUGGGUAUGUAAAACACACUGAGCAUUACACUGUUUGAAUGAUACAGUUGAAGUCGGAAGUUUACAUACACUUAGGUUGGAGUCAUUAAAACUAGUUUUUCAACCACUCCACAAAUUUCUUGUUAACAAACUAUAGUUUUGGCAAGUCGGUUAGGACAUCUACUUUGUGCAUGACACAAGUAAUUUUUCCAACAAUUGUUUACAGACAGAUUAUUUCACUUAUAAUUCACUGUAUCACAAUUCCAGUGGGUCAGAAGUUUACAUACACUAAGUUGACUGUGCCUUUAAACAGCUUAGAAAAUUCCAGAAAAUGAUGUCAUGGCUUUAGAAGCUUCUGAUAGGCUAAUUGACAUCAUUUGAGUCAAUUGGAGGUGUACCUGUGGAUGUAAUUCAAGGACUACCUUCAAACUCAGUGCUUCUUUGCUUGACAUCAUGGGAAAAUCAAAAGAUAUCAGCCAAGACCUCAGAAAAAAAAUUGUAGACCUCCACAAGUCUGGUUCAUUUUCCAAACGCCUGAAGGUACCACGUUAAUCUGUACAAACAAUAGUACGCAAGUAUAAACACCAUGGGACCACGCAGCCGUCAUACCGCUCAGGAAGGAGACGCGUUCGGUCUCCUAGAGAUGAACGUACUUUGGUGCAAAAAGUGCAAAUCAAUCCCAGAACAACAGCAAAGGACCUUGUGAAGAUGCUGGAGCAAACAGGUACAAAAGUAUCUAUAUCCACAUUAAAACGAGUCCUAUAUCCACAUAACCUGAAAGGCCGAUCAGCAAGGAAGAAGCCACUGCUCCAAAACCGACAUAAAAAAAGCCAGACUACGGUUUGCAACUGCACAUGGGGACAAAGAUCAAACUUUUUGGAGAAAUGUCCUCUGGUCUGAUGAAACAAAAAUAUAACUGUUUGGCCAUAAUGACCAUCGUUAUGUUUGGAGUAAAAAGGGGAUAGCUUGCAAGCUGAAGAACACCAUCCCAACCGUGAAGCACAGGGGUGGCAGCAUCAUGCUGUGGGGGUGCUUUGCUGCAGGAGGAAUUGGUGCACUUCACAAAAUAGAUGGCAUCAUGAUGAAGUACAUUUAUGUGGAUAUAUUGAAGCAACAUCUCAAGACAUCAGUCAGGAAAUUAAAGCUUGGUCGCAAAUGGGUCUUCCAAAUGAACAAUGACCCCAAGCAUACUUCCAAAGUUGUGGCAAAAUGACUUAAGGACAACAAAGUCAAGGUAUUUGAGUGGCCAUCACAAAGCCCUGACCUCAAUACUAUAGACAAUUUGUAGGCAGAACUGAAAAAGUGUGUGCCUACAAACCUGACUCAGUUACACCAGCUCUGUCAGGAGGAAUGGGCCAAAAUUCACCCAAAUUAUUAUGGGAAGCUUGUGGAAGGCUACCCGAAACGUUUGACCCAAGUGAAACAAUUUAAAGGCAAUGCUACCAAAUGCUAAUUGAGUGUAUGUAAACUUAUAAUAAUAUGCCAUUUAGCAGACGCUUUUAUCCAAAGCGACUUACAGUCAUGCGUGCAUAAUUCUUUUUGUGUAUGGGUGGUCCCGGGGAUCGAACCCACUACCUUGGCGUUACAAGCGCCGUGCUCUACCAGCUGAGCUACAGAGGACCACACUGGGAAUGUGUGCGGCAGGUAGCUUAGUGGGUAAGAGCGUUGUGCCAGUAACCGAAAGGUCGCUGGUUGUAAUCCCAGAGCCGACUAGGUGAAAAAUCUGUCGAUGUGCCCUUGAGCAAGGCACUUAACCCUAAUUGCUCCUGUAAGUCGCUCUGGAUAAGAGCGUCUGCUAAAUGACAAAAAAAAAAAAAAAAAAAAAAUGAAAGAAAUAAAUAAAAGCUGAAAUAAAUCAUUCUCUCCACUAUUAUUCUGACAUUUCACAUUCUUAAAAUAAUGUGGUGAUCCUAACUGACCGAAGACAGGGAAUUUUUACUAGGAUUAAAUGUCAGGAAUUGUGAAAAACUGAGUUUAAAUGUAUUUGGCUAAGGUGUAUUUGAACUUCCGACUUCAACUGUACAUCAGGAAUCACACAAUGUCAUACGUUAGAGAGUAAAUAUUUAAAAAAGGGUAAAAAAUAAAUAUAAAUAAAUGGUGCUCCUUGGAUUCAAGACUGUCAAUCAUGAGAAAGAACCACAAUUGAAAUUCCAAGGGAUUCCUAUUAGUUUAGACAACCUCUUUAGAAGGCUUAUAACUCAAGAUAACUGUUGUCCUAUGGUGGAUAUAGAACGAUAACACCUCUACAUAUAGCUCUGGUGGUUACUCCUUUGCAGAAAGAGACGACGUUGAGGAAGACAUUGACUGCAUACCGGGGUCUAUUUGCUAUUUGAGUGACUGGGAUGUCAGCAAAGCAAUUCAGAAGAAAGUUGACAAAUCCCACACAUGCAGAAACAAAUCCAAUGCGCUAUGUUUUGAGCUAAGAAAGAACGACUUCUGCUCUGUAGUCAAUGCAACCUUUGCUCCAAAGAUGUGUGCCAACUCCAACUUUACCAAAACAAAAUCCAUCCAAGUCGGUAGGUUGAUUCUGUUAUAUUGCAUUCAGGCACAAUUACAAACUGUGAUGCCAUGAGGGAAAAGAAAACCCUUACAACAGAAAAAUAGAGAUUUGUCAAAUAAUUUUCUAUUGUAUCAAGUUGAUGUACCUCUUUUGAAGUUUUAUUUACUUUUUGUGACCGCAUAAUCAUAAAGUUACUAUUAUUGUUUCCAGAUCAUUAAGUUUCAUUGUUUAAUUUCUCUAACAGAAAGUUUCCUACGUGCCAACAAAAUUGACCUGGUACCGCCAACAAAGUUUCCUGCAGAAAUACAGUGGACAAAUAAGCCAGUGAAUUGUAAUGGGACACUAUACAUUAAUUACACCUGCCAGGGUAAGUAGAGAAAUAUACUUCAAAAUCAUGUUUAUCAGAUUGAUCUAUCUUUGUAUUUUAUUUUUAUUUAACCUUUAUUUAACCAGGGUAACCCAUUUCCGCUUCGUGCCCUGAGAACAACAAUUCAAGAAUCAUAAUUUCAAUACAAUUCUACAAAAUUAAAAUUACAACAUUACAAAUCAGUUACAUUCCAUUCAAAAUGGAGCAAUAGACACAAGCUAUACAUCAGUCAAAACAGAUGCAUUUAACACGUUCCUCAUCAGAGUCCUAAACUGACCUUUUGAGACCAGAGAAUCAAGUUUUAAAGUGACCCGUAGGUCAUUCCAGGAGCGAGGGGCACUGUAACUAAAUGCAGUCUUCCCCAACUCAGAGGAGACUAGUGGAACCUCUAGAACCAUCCAGUCUUGAGUCUGAUAAUUACUGGAUUUCCAAUUAAGAAGUAAGGUGAGGUAGUAUGGGAGUGUCUGGAGAAGUGCUUUAUAUACAAAUAGUAGCCAAUGUUAGGCCUUUCUGGUAGUCAGACAAUAGAACUGUAUAAAAUGCAAUGAUGUGUACAAACAUUUUCUCCAGUGAUAAAAUACAGGGCUGAGUGAUAGACUGAAUCUAAAGGUUUUAAAACAAAGGCUGCUGCAUGUAUGUAGAUUAUAUCACCGUAAGUACCAGUAGAAGCGAUGCUUGAACAAUCUUCCUCCCAUUUUCAAAAGUGAGGCAGGAUUUUAUUUCUAUAUAGGAAGCCAACCUUCAUUCUCCGGGUCUUUGUCAGUUUUUCAAUGUGCGUUUUAAAGGACAGCUGUCGUCAAUCCAAAUACCUAAAUAAUUAUAGUGGGGGACUUGCUCAAUUUGGGCUCAUUUUCAAGGUGCAGGUACGCAGGUCUUUACUAUACAUUUUAUGAGACCUAGAGAACAACAUAAACUUGGUUUUGUCAACAUUUAGCACUAAUUUAAGAUCAGUAAGGGACUCUUGAAUUGAAUCAAAACCACGCUGGAGGUUAUGGAGGUCAUGCUGUGCUGAGGGGGCAAGGGAAUAAAUAACUGUAUCUAUCAUCCGCAUUAAUAUAUGUGAUAAGACGCUAUUUAUUUAUUUAAUAUUUUCUAUAGAAUAGAUUUAUAGUAUACUGUAUAGUAGAUAGUUCUACAAAAAUGGAUGAUUAAAAUGUAUCAAUUUCUUAUUUCCCUCCAUCAGAACUCAACAAGACUUUGAAUUUAUCUCAGUUGGAACCUUUUACAAAUUACACUUGUACCGGACGUAUUAACCACGGCAAUAGAAGCAUUGAAAAUACCACUUCAUUUUGGAUUGUGUGUGGUAAGUUCAACAUUGAAUUUGGUACCACUUUAUUUUACAGUCCGACCACUGCUAGUAUGUUUUCGAAUGGUAUGUUAAAAUCUUUUUAAAAAUAGCAGCCACGACACAACAAUUUGAUGCUGUUGAAUAUCACUACAGUUUGCAUAUCGGUGUAAUUCCUACUGUUGUAUCCUACAGAUGUGAACAUAAACGUAACUAAUGAUGAACCCACAAAUAGCUCCGUCAGCCUGAAAUUGAACAUGUCCUCCAAGAAGUGCCAAUCCUCUCACCUUAAGGACCACCUUACAUACAAGUACUGCUGUAAAGAUAAGAAACAAAAACAUAGUAAGAUACAGAAUCUAAAUUCCUAUCUAUGAACAAAACAAAUAUUCGACCAUAACAUUAAAUUGAUCAUUCUUCAUUUAUAUUUUUCUUAAUUUUCCGCUAAUUAUAAAUACAUGUAUAUAAAACAUUAGUUGAGAUGGUAAAUAGUUAAUUCUUUAUUAAUUUCUUCUUCCUUUCCAGAGUGCAGUGAAACUAAAGAACAUAAAUGUGUCAUCGGUGGCCUGGAUGCAUUCACAGACUAUGACUGCAGUGUACAGCAAGUGAAGUACAAGAAUAAAACCAUCACCUUAUCUCAAAACAAAACAGCAACAAUCAAAACUGCUCCUGGAAGUAGGUGCAUCAUACUGUAUUCCUUAUCAAUCAUAGACAUUAAGAACUAAACUACACUUCAAAGACACUGCAUUAAAUGUGAUUAUGCAGUUAUCGAAGAAGUCGCUGCGUUAAAUGGCAGCUAUGUUUCUAAACAUGUUGCGGUGAUCUCUGAGAAAGUAAUAGAGUAUGAUAUGUACAUGAGAUAGCUACAUGCAGUCUGCUGGUGUCUGUGGACAGGAUGACCAUAAUGUAAUCUGUUGGUGUCUGUGGACAGGAUGACCAUAAUGUAAUCUGUUGGUGUCUGUGGACAGGAUGACCAUAAUGUAAUCUGCUGGUGUCUGUGGACAGGAUGACCAUAAUGUAAUCUGUUGGUGUCUGUGGACAGGAUGACCAUAAUGUAAUCUGUUGGUGUCUGUGGACAGGAUGACCAUAAUGUAAUCUGCUGGUGUCUGUGGACAGGAUGACCAUAAUGUAAUCUGCUGGUGUCUGUGGACAGGAUGACCAUAAUGUAAUCUGUUGGUGUCUGUGGACAGGAUGACCAUAAUGUAAUCUGUUGGUGUCUGUGGACAGGAUGACCAUAAUGUAAUCUGUUGGUGUCUGUGGACAGGAUGACCAUAAUGUAAUCUGUUGGUGUCUGUGGACAGGAUGACCAUAAUGUAAUCUGUUGGUGUCUGUGGACAGGAUGACCAUAAUGUAAUCUGUUGGUGUCUGUAGACAGGAUGACCAUAAUGUAAUCUGUUGGUGUCUGUGGACAGGAUGACCAUAAUGUAAUCUGCUGGUGUCUGUGGACAGGAUGACCAUAAUGUAAUCUGUUGGUGUCUGUGGACAGGAUGACCAUAAUGUAAUCUGUUGGUGUCUGUGGACAGGAUGACCAUAAUGUAAUCUGUUGGUGUCUGUGGACAGGAUGACCAUAAUGUAAUCUGUUGGUGUCUGUGGACAGGAUGACCAUAAUGUAAUCUGUUGGUGUCUGUGGACAGGAUGACCAUAAUGUAAUUUGUUGCCUAUGUUUGUGUUUGACAGUACCUGAGGGGGUGAACAAAGACCUGACUGUGACUUGGACUCAGAAUAAUGCUUUUACCAUUAAAUGUCAUCCAUUAUCCCCAAAUCCGUGGAAGGGAAAUCAAGGGACAUACAAUGCAACUAUCACUGGCGGUGUUCAUGAAGAAAAAUACUCAAAACAUUGCUUUUUUACAUUUGAGGACCUCAGUUAUUUAACCGAAUUCAAAGUUAAGGUAAGUUUUUUGAAUUUCAAGAAUUUGAAACUCACUUUUUUCAAAACCCAUACAGCUAUAUACAGCUAAACCUAAUGUAUUGACUAUGCUUUAAUAUAUUGUAGAGUUAGAUACUGCUGAAUUAAACGGUCUACACUACCGGUCAAAAGUUUUAGAACACCUACUCAUUCAAGGGUUUUUCUUUUUUUUUUUUACUAUUUUCUACAUUGUAGAAUAAUAGUGAAGACAUCAAAACUAUGAAAUAACACAUAUGGAAUCAUGUAGUAACCAAAAAAGUGUUAAACAAAUCUUUUAUAUUUGAGAUUCUUCAAAUAGCCACCCUUUGCCUUGAUGACAACUUUGCACACUCUUGGCAUUCUCUCAACCAGCUUCACCUGGAAUGCUUUUCCAACAGUCUUGAAGGAGUUCCCACAUAUGCUGAACACUUGUUGGCUGCUUUUCCUUCACUCUGCCGUCCGACUCAUCCCAAACCAUCUCAAUUGGGUUGAGGUCGGGGGAUUGUGGAGGCCAGGUCAUCUGAUGCAGCACUCCAUCACUCUCCUUCUUGUUAAAAUAGCACUUACACAGCCUGGAGGUGUAAAAUCGAGCUCUUUGGCAUCAACUCAACUCGCCGUGUUUGGAGGAGGAGGAAUGCUGCCUAUGACCCCAAGAACACCAUCCCCACCGUCAAACAUGGUGGUGGAAACAUUAUGCUUUGGGGAUGUUUUUCUGCUAAGUGGACAGGACAACUUCACCGCAUCAAAGGGACGAUGGACGGGGCCAUGUACUGUAAAAUCUUGGGUGAGAACCUCCUUCCCUCAGCCAGGGCAUUGAAAAUGGGUCGUGGAUUGGUAUUCCAGUAUGACAAUGACCCAAAACACACGGCCAAGGCAACAAAGGAGUGGCUCAAGAAGAAGCACAUUAAGGUCCUGGAGUGGCCUAGCAAGUCUCCAGACCUUAAUCCCAUAGAAAAUCUGUGGAGGGAGCUGAAGGUUCGAGUUGCCAAACAUCAGGCUCGAAACCUUAAUGACUUGGAGAAGAUCUGCAAAGAGGAGUGGGACAAAAUUCCUCCUGAGAUGUGUGCAAACCUGGUGGCCAACUACAAGAAAUGUCUGACCUCUGUGAUUGCCAACAAGGGUUUUGCCACCAAGUACUAAGUCAUGUUUUGCAGAGGGGUCAAAUACUUAUUUCCCUCAUUAAAAUGCAAAUCAAUUUAUAACAUUUUUUACAUGCAUCUUUCUGGAUUUUUUUAAUAGUUAUUCUGUCUCUCACUGUUCAAAUAAGCCUACCAUUAAAAUUAUAGACUGAUCAUGUCUUUGUCAGUGGGCAAACGUACAAAAUCAGCAGGGGAUCAAAUACUUUUUUUCCCUCACUGUAGAUGAGUUCCUGAUGACCUAGUGGGUUUGUGGGGACCAGGAUUGAGGCGCUAUAUUGUGUUUACACAGUGGGUUUACUAUGUAGUAAUGUCUUUUUUUCAGAUCUUUACAGACAAUGGGAAACACCAAAGUAAAGCAAUAGAAAAACUAAUUAGAACUCGCUGUAAGUAUUUUUACAUUUCCAGAAUCUUAUGCAGAAGCCUGCAAUAGAUACACUCAAGUCAGAUUGAUUAAACGUAUAUAUACGCUUUGGAUGAAUAUGACCUUUCCCUGAUUCCUAUUAACAAAAUAAUUACUUUAAUCAAAUGUAUGACAAAGUAGCUGUUUAUCACUCCUCCUCCCUACACUGCAUUCAGUGUUGACAUUAUUGUUGAGUAAAUGUCCCUUUACCAUGUUGUAAUGGGAAACCCUUCUCAUCUGUUUUCAGACAAUGACAAAGCUCUGAUUGGGUUCCUGGUCUUCCUCAUCGUCCUGACGUCUCUGGCUCUCCUCUUCGUUCUCUACAAGAUCUACGUCCUGCAGCGCAAGAAGUCCAAGUAAGUAUUUAGUCAGUCCCUGUCUGGCAGGUCUUCGAAUGCCACAGUAGGCUUUAGAUUACCUUCAGAUUGUAUUUGAAGAGAUAGCUUUGUAGGUAGUAGCUUAGUUAGAUACAUUCUAGUUUGGCUAUUUAGUGCUGUACAUUAUACUGUGGAGGAUGGUAUUCAACAGUGUCUCAACAACAGUACAGUAGAUAUGCUAUCCUCUCCUUUUUGGGAAGAAAGAGAGUCUCUGAUAUUACUGUUUCUUCCACAGCAACAAUGAUGAACGGUUUGAGCUGAUUCAGCCAAGUAAGUUAAUGUUUCUUCCAAUUUGAUCAUAUUGAGACACUCUUAAGCAGAGCCAUCUACUUUAAGUGCAUAGAGACACAAGCUUGCUGAACUCCGUCAUUUGAAUGAGUAGAUGUCCUAUGACUGUUGUAAGACUAAAGACUCUUCUACCCAUUGAACUCUCUCCAUUAAAACCUUUCAAAAUAUACAAUCUCUUCCUUUUCCUGUAUGUGGGUGUUGUCACUGAUUGGUGUUUCGUAGGUGAUGAGGAGAACCUGAUGACCGUGGAGCCAAUCGGAUCUGAGGUGCUUCUGGACGCAUACAAGAGGAAAAUCGCUGAUGAGGGUCGUCUUUUCCUUCAGGAGUUCCAGGUGAAUGUUAGAAUUCCUCUACCCCUUGCUCAAUCAGCAGAUUUAGCCACUUAGGAAAAGACACAAACAAAGGAAGGUUAGAAAUCAAAUGGAAACGUUAAAUUACUAUUGAUUUACUGUUGCCUUUCAUGAUGUGUUGAGUCUUUUUCUAGGGUAGAUACUUACUGUAUGUUUCCCAAACGCCUCAGCUCCAGUGAUUCCUCCAUUCAGCUCACAGAUCCCAUCUCUCCCUACAGAGCAUCCCCAGGAUCUUCAGCCGCAACACGGUCAGAGAAGCCAAGAAGUCCUGCAACCAGCCCAAGAACCGCUACGUGGACAUCCUCCCGUGUAAGUGGAACCUGAUCCUACGUGAACCCUGCUGUCUGAAGGCAGAAUACCUGAUCCUAUAUGAACACUACUGUCUGAAGGCAGAACACCUGAUCCUAUAUGAACCCUGCUGUCCCAAGGCAGAACACCUGAUCCUAUAUGAACACUGCUGUCUGAAGGCAGAACACCUGAUCCUAUAUGAACCCUGCUGUCCCAAGGCAGAACACCUGAUCCUAUAUGAACCCUGCUGUCUGAUGGCAGAAUACCUGAUCCUAUAUGAACACUGCUCCUCUCAGAUCAGUGAUGUUAUUUCCUUAUGUCUCGGUCCAAUCAGACGACUACAACCGUGUCCAGCUGACCACUGGGAAUGGAGAGACUGGCUGUGACUACAUCAACGCCAGCUUCAUCGAUGUAAGGAACACUUGUCAUUCUCUUUUUACAGUCCUCAAGUUAUCUUAUAAUUUACCUACAUGGUAAAAUAGUAAUUACAUAGUGAUUACUGUACAUAGUAUUUAGUAAUGAUACCAACUUAUUUUGUACCUAUUGUGUGCUGUGCCAAAUUGUCUUUCAUUACAGGGUUUAUGUGUCUCAUUCAUUACAGGGUUUCAAGGAGUCUAAGAAGUACAUCGCAGCUCAAGGUGAAGUGCUUUUCCAUUUUUUAGUGUUGAGGAUGAUUCUCUUUACACACUGAAUCGUGUAGUGUUGUAUUGGCCUUGCAUCUUUAUUCUGCAACGUGUGUGUAUGUCAUGUGUGUGUGUGUGUGUGCGUGUGUGCGUGCGCGUGUCCGUGCGUGUGUGUGUGUGUGUGUGCGUGUGCGUGUGCGUGUGCGUGUGCGUGUGCGUGUGCGUGUGCGUGUGCGUGUGUGUGUGCGUGUGUGUGUGUGUGUGUGUGUGUGUGUGUGUGUGUGUGUGUGUGUGUGUGUGUGUGUGCAUGUGUGGGCACUUGUGUGUGUGGUAGGUCCCAAGGAUGAGACAGUGGGGGAUUUCUGGAGGAUGGUUUGGGAGCAACAAUCCUCUAUCAUCGUCAUGGUAACACGUUGUGAGGAGGGGAACAGGGUAAGCAAAUAAUAGUACAACUGUCCUGGUUAACAAUGAGACUUUCUGCCUCCUUUUCACAAAUGAUCCAAAAAAUAAAAUAAAUAAAAUAAAAGUUGGUUCAACACAGUGGCAGGUCAUUUUGACCCGAGGACAACAGGAGGGUUUUAAACGCUUAACACAUUUGUGUGCAUGUUGCUUGGGUUUGCAAAGCAGAGCUUCCUUCAAUUACACCCACAGCUAGCUCAAACCACACAACAGAGGAAAAGACAGCUCGUCCCCUGAAGAUAUUUUUCUAUGAUGUUUAACUGGCAUUUGACUGUUUCUGUGGCGUAUUUCCCCUGUAGAACAAGUGUGCCCAGUACUGGCCGUCCCCUGAAAGAGAGGCAGAGAUCUUUGAGGAGUUUGUUGUGAAGCUGAACAGAGAAGAUCACUGUCCUGAUUACAUCAUCCGUCAACUCAGCUUGACCAACGUGAGUCACACUUACAGGGUUAAGACAGCGAUAUCUGUUAUUUUCUAAAUACACAAACAUGGUAGUUACUCUCUUGAUAGAGAUACUCUGUCACAACUGCCAAAACUGAACUAAAAUGAUAUAUCAAACCACUGAAUGUCUGAUUAGGAUAAAGACACAAAUUGUAUGAAGUUGGCUGAUCACCCCAUGCACCCCUAUACAGCGAGGGAAGACAUGAUCCACUGACAAAGACAUGAUCAGUCUAUAAUUUUAAUGGUAGGUUUAUUUGAACAGUGAGAGACAGAAUAACAACAAAAAAUGCAGAGAAUCGCAUGUCAAAAAUGUUAUAAAUUGAUUUUACAUUUUAAUGAGGGAAAUAAGUAUUUGACCCCUCUGCAAAACAUGACUUAAUACUUGGUGGCAAAACCCUUGUUGGCAAUCACAGAGGUCAGACGUUUCUUGUAGUUGGCCACCAGGUUUGCACACAUCUCAGGAGGGAUUUUGUCCCACUCCUCUUUGCAGAUCUUCUCCAAGUCAUUAAGGUUUCGAGGCUGACGUUUGGCAACUCAAACCUUCAGCUCCCUCCACAGAUUUUCUAUGGGAUUAAGGUCUCCAGGACCUUAAUUUGCUUCUUCUUGAGCCACUCCUUUGUUGCCUUGGCCGUGUGUUUUGGGUCAUUGUCAUGCUGGAAUACCCAUCCACGACCCAUUUCCAAUGCCCUGGCUGAGGGAAGGAGGUUCUCACCCAAGAUUUGACGGUACAUGACCCGUCCAUCAUCCCUUUGAUGCGGUGAAGUUGUCCUGUCCCCUUAGCAGAAAAACACCCCCAAAGCAUAAUGUUUCCACCUCCAUGUUUGACGGUGGGGAUGGGGUUCUUGGGGUCAUAGGCAGCAUUCCUCCUCCUCCAAACACGGCGAGUUGAGUUGAUGCCAAAGAGCUCGAUUUUGGUCUCAUCUGACCACAACACUUUCACCCAGUUCUCCUCUGAAUCAUUCAGAUGUUCAUUGGCAAACUUCAGACGGGCCUGUAUAUGUGCUUUCUUGAGCAGGGGGACCUUGCGGGCGCUGCAGGAUUUCAGUCCUUCACGACGUAGUGUGUUACCAAUAGUUUUCUUGGUGACUAUGGUCCCAGCUGCCUUGAGAUCAUUGACAAGAUCCUCCCGUGUAGUUCUGGGCUGAUUCCUCACCGUUCUCAUGAUCAUUGCAACUCCACGAGGUGAGAUCUUGCAUGGAGCCCCAGGCCGAGGGAGAUUGACAGUUCUUUUGUGUUUCUUCCAUUUGCGAAUAAUCGCACCAACUGUUGUCACCUUCUCACCAAGCUGCUUGGCGAUGGUCUUGUAGCCCAUUCCAGCCUUGUGUAGGUCUACAAUCUUGUCCCUGACAUCCUUGGAGAGCUCUUUGGUAUUGGCCAUGGUGGAGAGUUUGGAAUCUGAUUGAUUGAUUGCUUCUGUGGACAGGUGUCUUUUAUACAGGUAACAAACUGAGAUUAGGAGCACUCCCUUUAAGAGUGUGCUCCUAAUCUCAGCUCGUUACCUGUAUAAAAGACACCUGGGAGCCAGAAAUCUUUCUGAUUGAGAGGCGGUCAAAUACUUAUUUCCCUCAUUAAAAUGCAAAUCAAUUUAUAACAUUUUUGACAUGCGUUUUUCUGGAUUUUUUUGUUGUUAUUCUGUCUCUCACUGUUCAAAUGAACCUACCAUUAAAAUUAUAGACUGAUCAUUUCUUUGUCAGUGGGCAAACGUACAAAAUCAGCAGGGGAUCAAAUACUUUUUUCCCUCACUGUACAGAUGAAGGAUCUUGAUCACCCUGUUGUUGCAGGAAAUGUCCUGCACAGCAGGAAAUGCAAACUUGUAGUGUAUUCAAGUUUUAAAAAGGCUUCCAAAGUUAGUAAUUUCCACUUUAAAAUGUCAGACUUUAUUUGCCAUAGCUAAAAAUAUAUCAACUCCUACAAAAAUGUCCAUUAAUUAUAAUCCAUCCACCCAAUAAUUCACAUUUCCUGUUGCUGCAGGAUAAUUUUCCUGCUGUGAUACUGGUCAAAUUAAGAUCCUACACUUGUAUGUGUGUGUGUGUGUGUGUGUGUGUGUGUGUGUGUGUGUGUGUAGAAGAGGGAGAAGAGUGCAGAGAGAGAGGUGACCCAUAUCCAGUUCACCAGCUGGCCAGACCACGGCGUGCCCGGAGAGCCACACCUCCUCCUGAAGCUGCGGCGACGCGUCAACGCCUUCAAGAACCUCUUCAGUGGACCCAUAGUCAUACACUGCAGGUAGGAAACCACACAAACACACACACAGGAUUGCACUUGUAAUUUGUUGUACUCUCUUUAUACAAAAUGUGUUUUUUUUUGUUGCCAUUUUUCUAUACUGUUUGGGAGUUUUGUGUCCAGAAUGAGAUAUUUGUGUUAAAGUGAUUGUUAUUAAUGUGACUUGGUGCAGUGCUGGAGUGGGAAGAACAGGCACCUACAUGGGCAUCGAUGCCAUGAUGGAGGGGCUGGAGGCCGAGGGCAGAGUGGACAUCUACGGAUACGUGGUCAAGCUCCGGCGCCAGAGAUGCCUCAUGGUUCAAGUGGAGGUAAGUUGUCAUCACAUUAGACUAUGAGAUUCUAUCCAUUAGACUAUGAGAUAGAUGUGUGUGUGUGUAUUAAAACCUGUGUGUAUUAUUAAGUAUUAAUGUGUGUAUUAACCUGUGUGUAUUAUUAAGUAUUAAUGUGUAUAUUAACCUGUGUGUAUUAUUAAGUAUUAAUGUGUGUAGUAACCUGUGUGUAUUAUUAAGUAUUAAUGUGUGUAUUAAACUGUGUGUAUUAUUAAGUAUUAAAGUGCAUAUUAACCUGUGUGUAUUAUUAAGUAUUAAUGUGUGUAUUAACCUGUGUGUAUUAUUAAGUAUUAAACUGUGUAUUAACAUGUGUGUAUUAUUAAGUAUUAAUGUGUGUAUUAACCUGUGUGUAUUAUUAAGUAUUCAUGUGUGUAUUAACCUGUGUGUAUUAUUAAGUAUGAAUGUGUGUAUUAACCUGUGUGUAUUAUUAAGUAUGAAUGUGUGUAUUAACAUGUGUGUAUUAUUAAGUAUGAAUGUGUGUAUUAACCUGUGUGUAUUAUUAAGUAUUCAUGUGUGUAUUAACCUGUGUGUAUUAUUAAGUAUUCAUGUGUGUAUUAACCUGUGUGUAUUAUUAAGUAUUAAUGUGUGUAUUAACCUGUGUGUAUUAUUAAGUAUUAAUGUGUGUAUUAACCUGUGUGUAUUAUUAAGUAUUAAUGUGUGUAUUAACCUGUGUGUAUUAUUAAGUAUUAAUGUGUGUAUUAACCUGUGUGUAUUAUUAAGUAUUAAUGUGUGUAUUAACCUGUGGGUAUUAUUAAAUAUUAAUGUGUGUAUUAACCUGUGUGUAUUAUUAAGUAUUAAUGUGUGUAUUAACCUGUGUGUAUUAUUAAGUAUUAAUGUGUGUAUUAACCUGUGUGUAUUAUUAAGUAUUCAUGUGUGUAUUAACCUGUGUGUAUUAUUAAGUAUUAAUGUGUGUAUUAACCUGUGUGUAUUAUUAAGUAUUAAUGUGUGUAUUAACCUGUAUAUUAUUAAGUAUUAAUGUGUGUAUUAACCUGUGUAUUAUUAAGUAUUAAUGUGUGUAUUAAUCUGUGUAUUAUUAAGUAUUAAUGUGUGUAUUAACCUGUGUGUCCGGUCAGGCUCAGUACAUCCUGAUCCACCAGGCCCUGAUAGAACAUAACCAGUUUGGAGAGACAGAGAUCUCCCUGGCAGAGCUGCACCCCACACUGGGCACGCUCAAACAGAGAGACCCCGGUAACGAGCCCUCUCUGCUUGAGGCAGAGUUCCAGGUCAGUCUACCUUAUUGACUUAUUCAUUCUGUUAUUACUUCCUGUCCAUUCAUCCAUUCUUCCUUCCCUCUCUCAUUUAUUUCCUCUGUCAUUGACUUUCCUUCUUCCCAUCUACUGUUCCAUUCCCGUCUUUCCUAUGGAAUACAUGUGCUAUCAGAGUACUUCUUACUCAAAUAGUUUUCUCUGACCGUUCUGUGAUGUAGAGACUUCCACGGUACAAGAAUUGGCGGACAUUCAACACGGGGAUCAACGAGGAGAACAAGAAGAAGAAUCGCUACUCUUCUGUUAUUCCAUGUGAGUACAGUAUUCAGCCAGACCCAGCACAGUAUAGUUAGUUGUCAAUAGGGAACCUCUUAAUAAUAAUUCAUUUCAGUUUAGUUAUAUGAAUUGUCCAAAAGCAUGGCCGCUUUCCCACACUAUAUUACUAUAGAAUUUUCACAAAUGUCUUACUAUACGUCAUUCCCAAACAUUCUAUGAAUUUAUGAAAACAUGAAAAUGACUAUAUCUAAGUGCUAGCUUAGCUUUUUUAAAAGGUGUCAUAUUCUUCCUUUGGGUGUAUAUGAACAGAAUGUAAUAAGAUGUCAUGUUGCUAAAACGCUUUCAGUUCCACUUUAAGAAUUCUUACUUGAAGAGUUCCUCCGGUAAAUUUCACUUCCUAAACUGACUAGUAUUUGAAUCAAUUCCAAUCAGACGACUACAACAGGGUUCUGGUGAAGCUGGAGGAUGACGGCAGCCAUGACCAGGACGAUGAUGAUGAUGAUGAUGACUCUUCAGACGAAGAGGACGAGGAGUCCACCAAAUACAUCAACGCCACACACAUAGAUGUACAUACAACAUUUUACAUUUUAUAAAUGUUAAGUAAUUUAACGAACACAAUAUUAUAGAUGUGACAAAGGGAUUUCACUCAAAAGGAUUUUCACUCGUCAGCAUUAUGAGUUUUAUUACAAUAAAUGUGUGUUAAAUCUAACUGAAACUAGGGGCAGGAUUCAUUCAGAUCAUGCUUUGUCAGACUGCAUUCACGGUAAACGCUGCAUAUGACGGUUCAAUAGGGAAUUACCUUCAAAUGGCGCAUAGCCGACAAAAAGCGAAAUGGGAUUGAAUCCUGGCCAAUGAACCAUUAAAGUGUGUUCAUCUCGCUCAGGGUUACUGGUGUCAGAAGAGUCUGAUUGCAGCCCAGGGCCCUCUAGCCGACACCACAGCAGACUUCUGGCAGAUGGUCUUCCAGAAGAGGGUCAAAACCAUCGUCAUGCUGUCAGACCUCACAGAGGGAGACCAGGUGGGUCCCACAACAAAGGGGGUUUCUAAGAACCUCUGUUAUACACAACAAGGGGGGUUUCUAAGAACCUCUGUUAUACAGUAGUGCUAUUCUAAUGCAUUGUGUGGAUGUGUUGUUUGAGUGAGUCUGUCUUUCUCUCUGCAUGCGUAGGAGUUCUGUUCAGCGUACUGGGGAGAUGAGAAGAAAACCUUCAGGGACAUCGAGGUGGAGUUGACAGCCACAGAAACCCUCCCUGCUUACACCACUCGCAGUAUCCAACUCCGUCACCCUAAGGUAACCGGUAACUAACCAUAGGGAAUGUCUAGGGCUGUUUACACUUAUGGACGUCAGACAGUCAGACAAUGUGAUUACUCUCGUCCAACUUUAAAAAAAAGUCUCUUCAUUAAGAACUUAAAGGAAAUUAAAUGUGUUUAUGUGUGUACUUUGUCACUGUUUUAAUAUUGGUCAUUGAAUCCAAGAAAGACCAUGGUCCAUAUUAUGAAAGGUAAAUAAAGUGAAGCUGAACUCGACUUGGUGUUACCCAUGUACUGUAUUACCUCAAUUACCUCAUCUACCUCAUACCUCUGCACAUUGACUCAGUACUGGUACUCCUGCACAUUGACUCAGUAAUGGUACAGUGGGUAAAAAUGCAAAUCAAUUUACAGUGGGGAAAAAAAGUAUUUAGUCAGCCACCAAUUGUGCAAGUUCUCCCACUUAAAAAGAUGAGAGAGGCCUGUAAUUUUCAUCAUAGGUACACGUCAACUAUGACAGACAAUUUGAGAUUUUUUUUCUCCAGAAAAUCACAUUGUAGGAUUUUUAAUGAAUUUAUUUGCAAAUUAUGGUGGAAAAUAAGUAUUUGGUCACCUACAAACAAGCAAGAUUUCUGGCUCUCACAGACCUGUAACUUCUUCUUUAAGAGGCUCCUCUGUCCUCCACUUGUUACCUGUAUUAAUGGCACCUGUUUGAACUUGUUAUCAGUAUAAAAGACACCUGUCCACAACCUCAAACAGUCACACUCCAAACUCCACUAUGGCCAAGACCAAAGAGCUGUCAAAGGACACCAGAAACAAAAUUGUAGACCUGCACCAGGCUGGGAAGACUGAAUCUGCAAUAGGUAAGCAGCUUGGUUUGAAGAAAUCAACUGUGGGAGCAAUUAUUAGGAAAUGGAAGACAUACAAGACCACUGAUAAUCUCCCUCGAUCUGGGGCUCCACGCAAGAUCUCACCCCGUGGGGUCAAAAUGAUCACAAGAACGGUGAGCAAAAAUCCCAGAACCACACGGGGGCACCUAGUGAAUGACCUGCAGAGAGCUGGGACCAAAGUAACAAAGCCUACCAUCAGUAACACACUACGCCGCCAGGGACUCAAAUCCUGCAGUACCAGAUGUGUCCCCCUGCUUAAGCCAGUACAUGUCCAGGCCCGUCUGAAGUUUGCUAGAGUGCAUUUGGAUGAUCCAGAAGAGGAUUGGGAGAAUGUCAUAUGGUCAGAUGAAACCAAAAUAUAACUUUUUGGUAAAAACUCGUCGUGUUUGGAGGACAAAGAAUGCUGAGUUGCAUCCAAAGAACACCAUAGCUACUGUGAAGCAUGGGGGUGGAAACAUCAUGCUUUGGGGCUGUUUUUCUGCAAAGGGACCAGGACGACUGAUCUGUGUAAAGGAAAGAAUGAAUGGGGCCAUGUAUCGUGAGAUUUUGAGUGAAAACCUCCUUCCAUCAGCAAGGGCAUUGAAGAUGAAACGUGGCUGGGUCUUUCAGCAUGACAAUGAUCCCAAACACACUGCCCGGGCAAUGAAGGAGUGGCUUCGUAAGAAGCAUUUCAAGGUCCUGGAGUGGCCUAGCCAGUCUCCAGAUCUCAACCCCAUAGAACAUCUUUGGAUGGAGUUGAAAGUCCGUGUUGCCCAGCGACAGCACCAAAACAUCACUGCUAUAGAGGAGAUCUGCAUGGAGGAAUGGGCCAAAAUACCAGCAACAGUGUGUGAAGACUUACAGAAAACAUUUGACCUGUGUCACUACCAACAAAGGGUAUAUAACAAAGUAUUGAGAAACUUUUGUUAUUGACCAAAUACUUAUUUUCCACCAUAAUUUGCAAAUAAAUUCAUUAAAAAUCCUACAAUGUGAUUUUCUGGAUUUCUUUUUCUCGUUUUGUCUGUCAUAGUUGACGUGUACCUAUGAUGAAAAUUACAGGCCUCUCUCAUCUUUUUAAGUGGGAGAACUUGCACAAUUGGUGGCUGACUAAAUACUUUUUUCCCCCACUGUACUCCUGCACAUUGAUCAGUACUGGUACUUCCUGUAUUUAGCCUCGUCAUUACCUCAUACCUCUGCACAUUGACUCAGUACUGGUACUUCCUGUAUUUAGCCUCUUUAUUGUUUGUGUUGUGUUACUAUUUCCUUUUUGAUUUAGCAAAUAUUUUUCUUAUUUUUUAAUUCUGCACUGUUGGGAAUGGGCUCUUAAGUAAGCAUUUCACUGUAAAGUCUACACCUGUUGUAUUUGGCACAUGUGACCAAUAAAAUUUGAUUUAAAAAAUAAAUAAAUUAUCCUGUCCCUACAGAGGAAAGAGAGUCAGCAGGUGAAACAGUACCAGUUCCUGAAGUGGGCGGGUCGAGAACUCCCAGAGAAGCCUCAGGAUUUUACGGACAUGAUCAAGAACAUCAAGCAGACCUGUGGCUAUGGCAACAGCAAGCCAGAGAGGAUCCUGCCUGUUGUGGUCCACUGCAAGUGAGUCACCGUCUCAGAGCCAUUCUAACAUCAAGGGAAAGUACAUAACCUUGAAUAGUAUUGUUUACAUGUCUGCCUACACUUGGAGGCAUCUGGAUUUGUAAAAUGAGUCAAUGCCCUAUUCUUUACUGAGUCAAUCCCUCCAUCCCUCUUUCCUCUCUCGCAGUGAUGGCUCGUCUCGCUCCGGGAUCUUCUGUGCGUUGUGGAACAUCAUGGACAGUGCUGAGACAGAGAAACUGGUGGACGUGUUCCAGGUGGCCAAGGCUCUGCGCAAGGAGAGGCAGGGCAUGAUCCACAGCCUGGUAAGUAGGACAAACAUAGGCCUACUCUACCCUGGUCUGAACAAACACUGUAGCAGGUUUCCACAUUGUAUUGUGUGUAUGAUGUAAAUGGUCGUAAAUGGGUCAGAUGCAACAUGCAGUAGGACUAUGUAUUGGUUUCUGUUCAAGGCAGUUUAUCAUCUAAUUCAGCCAAUGUCUAAUGCGGAUUGUCCUUAGAAGGGUGACUGUUUGUAUGGUUCUCUCUCUCACCGCUGUCUGUCUGUCUCUGCGUGUCACCCCGUCAGGAGCAGUACCAGUUUCUUUAUGACGCCGUGGAGGGGUCGUUUCCUGUUCAGAAUGGGGAAGUGAAGCAGCCAGCCACCGCCCCAGCUGAAGAAGCUGACUACGUCCAGGUCAUCAACGAGACCGAGGCAGAGCAGCCUGCCAGCGCUGCCACAGCCACCCAGCAGGGGGAAGCGGUGGUGAAGGAGGCAGUAGAGAGCACUCCCCUAGUGGCAGGGAAAGAAGCAGGUGCCGCAGCAGAGGGCAAGGAGGAUGAGGCUAAUGAGCCAGGUAGCCCUACAGAGAAAACCCCUCUGGACGGGGCUAGUAACGGCCCUGCUGUUACCCUGGAGGUGUGACAGAACCUAUAUAAAGACACUUGAAUGGGAUAUUAGUACUUCAGUGCCUUUUACAGUGUUAGUGGUCAGUGGUCAAUAGACCAUCGGUAGUAUACCCACAAAAAUAGAGAGAUAAUAUUGGUAUACUUGGUUUAAUUACUUCUUGAAUGUAUUAUACAUGUAAAGCUUUCAUUUGAAGUUGACAUGUGUUUUGAAUAGAUUUUUAUGCCAUUUUUAAAAAUGUUUCAUAUUAAGAUUUUUAUAGCUUUAUUUCUGUAAAAUUAUGACCUGGCAUGUUUUCAGAUUCAAACUAAGGGCUUUUUUUUCAAUCCGUAUCACGGAAAUUCA